AUGUUCAACUUCACUCCUUUGUUGGGCGCGCAAUCCUCUUCCCCUGCUUCGCAAUCUUUACUGGAGUUCGAUGGCGGUAUAAAGAUCCUCAUUGAUGUGGGCUGGGACGAGAGCUUUGACGUCGCAAAGCUCAAACAAAUCGAGAAACACGCCUCCACCCUCUCCUUCAUUCUCCUCACCCACGCCACAGUCGCCCACCUUGGAGGCUUCGCUCAUUGCUGCAAACACAUUCCUAACUUCACCCGCAUCCCCGUCUAUGCAACCAUUCCUGUUGUCAGCCUAGGCCGCACGCUCCUCCAAGACCUCUAUACCUCCACCCCUCUCGCAUCCUCCAUAAUACCCACUGACGCACUCACCGAUUCCGGCUAUGCUGUCUCGCUCAAAGAUGGUACCAACCCCAAUAUGCUCAUGCAAGCCCCUACGAAUGACGAAAUCGCACACUACUUUGCGUCGAUCAAGUCGCUCAAAUAUACGCAACCGCACACGCCUCGCGAGUCGCCCUUCUCACCGCCAUUGGGAGAUCUUACCAUCACUGCAUAUAGCGCCGGACACACGCUAGGAGGCACAAUAUGGCACAUCCAGCAUGGCAUGGAAUCGGUCGUCUACGCUGUCGAUUGGAAUUCAUACAGAGAGCAUGUACUGUCAGGGGCCGCGUGGCUGGGUGGAGGAACUGGUGGCGCCGAAGUGCUGGAGCAAUUGCGCCGACCUACCGCGCUUGUGUGCAGUUGUACAGGGUCGGGGCAAGCCGUGGCAGCGCAGCGGAACAGCAGAGAUGAGGCGCUGCUUUCUAUGGUUCGGGAGACGGUAUCGAAUGGCGGAUCGGUGCUUAUACCUUCCGACUCGAGUGCGCGAGUUCUCGAGCUGGCCUACCUGCUAGAGGAGACUUGGGCGAAUGAGCCAUCUAAUACUGGGGAUUCUUUGAGAAGCGCAAGGCUUUACCUCGCCAGUCGCACAGGCGGCGCUACGAUGAGAUACGUGAGGAGUAUGCUAGAAUGGAUGGACGAAAGCAUCGUGAAAGAGUCGGAGACGGCGACCGGCGCACAAGAAGGCCAAGAUAGGAGACGGACCCGUGGACAUGGUGGUAAAGGAGACGAAGAGAAGACUCUGCGCGCCCCAUUUGAUUUCAGGCACCUCCAACUGGUUGAACGCAAGUCCAAAGUCCAGCGGAUGCUGGAUAGUGAAGGACCACGCGUCGUUCUGGCUAGCGACACAACCUUGGAAUGGGGCUUCUCGAAAGACGCCAUCAGAAGCCUCGCGCACGACAGCCGCAACUUAAUCAUCCUCACUGAACGCCUAUCUCCUGCUACCUCCCAAGGAAAAGGCUUGGGCGCCUUCCUUUAUGACCUCUGGACUGCGCGCAGCGCCUCUACGAACAAUGCGCCCAUCUCUCCCGAUCCUUCCGACCAAGCCACCAUCCGCACGAUCCGCAAGUUUCCCCUCGAAGGCGACGAACUCGCGCUCUACCAACAAUACCUCGCCACGCAGCGCCAACACCAAAGCAUCGCACAAGGCGAAGCCUCGCCCCUGGAGAUGCUCGGCGACGUCGUCUUCGAUGACGCCACCUCCUUCACGUCGACGACGUCAGAAGAAGAGUCCGAGAUGGGUGGGCUCCAAGGCAGACUCUUGACCGCCGCAAACACGACGAGACAUGCGCGGCAUAAGUUGGGCUUGACGGACGAGGAACUGGGCGUCAAUGUGCUGAUUCGCAGAAAGAAUGUGCAUGAUUUUGAUGUCCGGGGGAAGAAGGGCGCGGAUAAGAUGUUCCCCUUCGUGGCCAAGAGGAGGCGGGCGGAUGAUUUUGGAGAUGUGAUUAGGCCCGAGGACUAUGUGACUGCGGAGGAGCAGGAGGAACAGAUUGGAGCUGAGGGCUUGGGAGCGGCGGCUGCGAGCAACGGGGCGACAAAGACGGAGAAUGCGGUGGGGCAGAAGAGGAAGUGGGAUGAGGUCGCUGCGAGGACUGUCGAAGGAGUGCGUGGGGGCGUGCCUGCAAAACGCUCAAGGGGGGAUAGAGAGGGAUCACAGGCUAUGGCCGAUGGGCAAGAGAUGGAUGAUAACGACGAGGCUAUGGCAUCGGAAUCCGAGGGCGAGGAAGAAGAAGACGCGGAUAAGAUUGAAGGGCCUGCCAAAGCCAUCAUCGAAACCUCAACACUCCAGCUGCAAGCGCGCAUCUCGUUUGUCGAUUUCUCGGGCCUGCACGAUCGCCGCACGAUUCAAAUGUUGCUCCCGCUCAUCAAACCGCGCAAACUCAUCCUCGUCAAGGGCGAAGAGGCCGAGACGAGAGAGCUCGCGGAGGAGUGCCGCAAGGCGCUGAGCAGCGGCAGCGCCACGGACGUGGGCGUCGACGUCUUCACGCCUUUGGUCGGCGACUGCGUGGACGCGAGCGUGGACACGAAUGCCUGGUUCGUCAAACUGAGUGAGGAGAUGGUGCGCAAGCUGCAGUGGCAAAAGGUCAGGGGGUUGAGCAUCGUAGCCAUCACGGGCCGCCUGGAAGCCGCGUCCUUGGAACCCACAGCACACGAUGACCACGAACAAGACAAGGACGAGGGUGGCGGCGGCGCGAAGAAGAAGGCGAAACUCGCGGCGAGUUCUUCCGCCGUCGUGGUCCCCGCGAAUCGCACCACGGAGAUCGAUGGUCUGCCCGUCCUCAAGGCCUUGCCGCCCAAUCUCUCGAAACCGCUGCGCUCCAUCGCGCAGCCGUUCCAUGUUGGGGACGUGCGUCUUGCGGAGCUGAGGAAGAGGAUGCAGGCUGCGGGGAUGACGGCCGAGUUUCGCGGCGAGGGGACGUUGGUGGUGAAUGGGACUGUGGCGGUGAGGAAGGUGGGUGAAGGGAGGAUUGAGAUUGAUGGCGGGGCGUAUAGUUUUGUGGAGCCGAGGGGAGGGAGUGGAGGGGGUGGAGGGAUUGGGGAUGGGACGUUUUUCAAGGUGAGGAGGAUGGUGUAUGAGGGGUUGGCUGUGGUUAGUGGGCAGUGA